UCCAUCGCAGAGGCACACGAGUUAGGAAGGGAGUAGUGUAGUGGGCAGGAGCUCAGUUGACCCCUCUGAUCUUUCUCUUGGAACGAAAGAGAAGGACAGAUAUCGGCCCCUGUCUCGUCACCCUAGCGACUAGGGCUUUAGCUAGCUUGCUUGAUCCUGUCGCGAUGGCAGGAGGGCUCUUCUCCAUGGAGCACCCGUGGGCCUCUGCUUUUGGCAUCCUAGGCAACAUCGUCUCCUUCCUGGUGUUCCUCGCGCCAACGCCGACGUUCCUGCGCGUGUACCGGAAGAAGUCGACGGAGGGGUUCAGCUGCGUGCCGUACGUGGUGGCGCUCUUCAGCUGCAUGCUGUGGAUCUUCUACGCGCUGGUGAAGACCAACUCCAGCCCGCUACUGACCAUCAACGCCUUCGGCUGCGUCGUCGAGUCCGUCUACAUCCUCCUCUACCUCCUCUACGCGCCGCGCGCCGCCAGGAUCAGGGCACUCGCCUCCUUCCUCCUCCUCGACGUCGCCGCCUUCUCGCUCAUCGCCGUCGUCACCCUCGAGCUCGUCGCCGGGCCGCACCGCGUGAAGGUGCUCGGCAGCAUCUGCCUCGCGUUCUCCAUGGCCGUCUUCGUCGCCCCCAUGAGCGUCAUCUUUGUUGUGAUCAGGACCAAGAGCGCCGAGUUCAUGCCCUUCUCCCUCUCCUUCUUCCUCACCCUCAGCGCCGUCGCCUGGUUCUUCUACGGCCUCUUCACCAAGGACCUCUACGUCACGCUCCCGAACGUGGGCGGCUUCUUCUUCGGGUGCGUCCAGAUGGUGCUCUACUGCUGCUACCGGAAGCCCAAGCCGUCGGCGUCCGUGGUCCUGCCGACGACGGCCGCCACCGCGGCGGCGCAGGCGGCGGAGAUGGAGCUGCCCCUCGCCGCCCUCGACGCGAUGGCCGUGAUGCCGGCGUGCGCCGUCCCGGUGCUGGCCGACCUGCAGAAGCUGGAGGAGGCGGUGGGGUCGCCGCGCAAGGCCGGCACCAAGGCCAUUUGACCCAUCGCGCCCUUGCACGCCGCCCCCGUGGCUGGCGUGCCUGUGCUAGCCUGACUGCCUGAACCUGAUGGAAGUGAAGCGCGAUGCGUCUAUGCUCUUGGUGAAAUGGCUUGUUGGUUGACUGAAAUUAACUGCAUUUCAGUAUACGUGUGUAUCUUCUUUUAAUCGUUUGGUUGGUUGGUUUGGUUUGGAGAAUUUGGAUUUGUGUGUUUUUGUUAAGUUUGUACUGAUGCAAAUUAAUCUGCUGAUUUGGGAAAAUAAAAAGAGGUAGCGUGCACGCG